AUGGCCACGGCGAACGACAGGGCCGUCCUGCAGACCAUCUUUAACCCCAGCACCCCUUUUGGGGAUAUCCCUGGGCUGGACGAGGAGGAGGAGGAGGAGGCGGCUGCCCAGGAGGAAGGGGAAGCCUUCGCGCCGGAGCUGCUGGAGCAGGUCCGGGACCUGGAGCUGCAGGGGGUUUCUGCCGCCGAGUCGGGAGACCUGAGCACGGCCCUGGAGAGGUUCAGUGAGGCCAUCCGCCUGCUGCCCGAGCGCGCCUCGGCCUACAACAACCGGGCCCAGGCCCUGCGGCUGCGGGGGGACGUGGCAGGCGCCCUGCGGGACCUGGACGCGGCCAUCCGCCUGAGCCGGGGCUGCGGCCGUGCCGCCUGCCAGAGCUUCGUGCAGCGCGGCCUGAUCCGCCGGCUGCAAGCUCGGGAGGAGGACGCCCGGCGGGACUGGGAGCGAGCGGCGCGGCUGGGCAGCGCCUUCGCCCGGCGGCAGCUGGUGCUGCUGAACCCCUACUCGGCGCUCUGCAACCAGAUGCUCUGCGAGAUGCUGGGGCGGCUGCGCAACCCCGGCGGCACCGGCGGCAGCGAGUGA